AUGACUGUGGUAAAUGCCUUGGAAGCCCGGUUUUCCCCUGAGCAUUUGGAGUGUCUUGUACGAAUAACUGCUUACUGCCGCCGUUUGCUAUUACAACAAAACCCAGAAAACUAUCAAAGUCAUCUAGAACCUAAAGAAAUACAAGAAGCAGAACUGGCUUUAUUUUAUGCAAGCCAGAAGUCUUUAAAUAAUCAAGAUGAAGUUAAUCAUAAACAUAUUAAAAAGCUUGACCCAAAGUUUGAUGAAAAAGGCAUUUUAAGAAUUGGAGGCAGACUACAUAAGCAUCAUUUACCCCACGAGCAGAGGCCUCCAGUUUUAUUGGUGAGGAAUUCUUCCCUGGCUGAAGCAUUCGCUCAGAUGAUUCGUCGAUGUACAGGUCAUCAAGGAUAUAGAGUCGCAAUUGCUUUAGCUUUUAAGCUUGGAGUUUACAUUAUUGGAGGAGCAAGAUUAUUUAAGGACAUUGCUUUCAAGUGUUGUUUCUGCAGAACCAGACGUCACCUAUUGUUGGGCCAACAGGUGGGGGAACUGCCAAGUUUCAGAGGUGAGCCCAAUACCCCUCUCUUCAGCAGAGUUGCAUUAGAUUUCUUUGGCCCUAUCAAGUUAAAGUUGACUCGUAAUGCAAGCACUGAAGGAAGUAUAAUGAUCAUAACUUGCACCGUCACUCGUGUCAUAUCUCUUGAACUGGUCGACUCAUUGUCUUCAGAUGCUUUUCUCUGUGCUUGGAGAAGAUUUACUUGUAAUCAUGGAAUCCAUCCAAUUUUGGCAGUAAGUGACAGAGGAUGCAAUUUCAUAGGGGCUCAAGAGAAAUUGCAAAAGUGGAUAAAUUCUUGGAACGAGAGCCUAAUAAAGGACAAGUUUGCAAUUGCUGGGACAAAAUUUGAGUGGAAACUCAACACACCUCACGCUUCUCAUAUGAAUGGUGUUGUUGAAUCAUUGAUCAGAAGCUGUAGAAGAGGUUUAGAUGCAGUAACAGAUUAUCACCACAGGAAGUUCAGUGCUUUGGAAUGGCAAACAAUACUGUUAGAGGUGACAUACCUUGUUAAUUCACGACCACUUUUCCCAAAUGGACCAGAUCCUCUUGAGUCCCCAACUAUAUCCGGCAAUGACUUACUGUUUCCUCACGGGCAACCUUCAGUUCUACAACCAUAUACCGGUAACGAAGUGAACUUGAGAAGCAUGGUAGUGGUAGCUCAACAGAGAAUUCAGAUAUUUUGGGAGACUUGGAUUCGUUAUAUGCCUCCUCAGCUAGUACAAAGAUCGAAAUGGUUUCAUCCCAAACAGAAUCUUCAAGUUGGUGAUUUGGUUCUUCUUCUGGAACCAGGCCUAAAGGGAGGUGUCGCUCCUAGGGGACUGUGGAGGCGCGGUCUUGUUGAGAGGAUUCAUCCCGGAAAAGAUGGGCUUGUUCGAAGAGUUACUGUUCAAACAGUGGAGAAUGGAAAGGUGGUUCACUGGGAGAGACCCAUUCAUAAACUUUGCUUAAUUGCUACGGUACAAGAGCUUCAACAUGGAUUCCAAGCUAAGGCAGAUAAAGAUGCUCGAAAUUAA